CUCAUUCUCCAUGUCAAGUUUACAGCCCUGCAAGUAACCCCAAAUUCUCUACUCUUCCACUAAAAAAACAAGACCUGUUUCAGCUGCUAAUUUCUCCCGUUUUUAGGGCUCUGUUUUUCCCUAUAAUCUGAUUCCAAUUUUGUAUAAUCAUGGUGCUCGAGGCGACAAUGAUCUGCAUCGAUAAUUCGGAGUGGAUGCGGAACGGAGAUUACUCUCCCAAUCGGUUCCAAGCUCAAGCCGACGCCGUUAACCUAAUUUGUGGAGCUAAAACUCAAUCAAAUCCCGAGAAUACAGUUGGAAUUUUAACAAUGGCUGGGAAAGGGGUCCGUGUAUUGGUCACUCCGACUAGUGAUCUUGGCAAGAUCUUGGCUUGCAUGCACGGUUUAGAAAUAGGCGGUGAAAUGAACUUGGCUGCUGGGAUCCAGGUUGCGCAGUUGGCUCUCAAACAUCGCCAAAACAAGAAGCAGCAACAAAGGAUAAUUGUGUUUGCUGGAAGUCCUGUUAAAUACGACAAAAAGGUGUUAGAGUUGAUUGGAAGAAAGUUGAAAAAGAACAGUGUAGCUCUUGACAUUGUAAACUUCGGUGAAGAAGAUCAAGAAAAGAGUGAAAAGCUCGAAGCUUUGCUUGCUGCUGUAAAUAAUAAUGACAGCAGUCAUAUCGUUCAUGUUCCUCCGGGUCCAAGUGCUCUUUCUGAUGUGCUUAUCAGUACUCCCAUCUUUACUGGUGAUGGAGAAGGGGGGAGUGGUUUUGCAGCAGCCGCAGCUGCUGCUGCAGCUGGUGGAGUAUCUGGAUUUGAAUUUGGUGUAGAUCCAAACUUGGAUCCCGAACUUGCUCUUGCACUUCGAGUAUCAAUGGAAGAGGAGAGGGCAAGACAAGAAGCAGCUGCCAAAAAAGCUGCAGAAGAAGCUUCAAAACAAGAAAAAGGAGAACAACAAUCCACUUCACAAGAUGCUACCAUGACCGACAAUGUGAAUGCUGAUACUUCUGAACCUGAAAAGAAGACAAAUGAUCUGAUGGAUGAUGAGAAUGCAUUGUUACAGCAGGCCCUGGCAAUGUCCAUGGAUGAUUCUUCCUCCACAGUUGCUGUGCGAGACACUGACAUGUCAGAUGCAUCUGCUGAUGAUCAUGAUCUGCAACUUGCGCUUCAAUUGUCCGUGCAAGAUGGUGCAGCAGAUCAAUCGAACCAGACAGACAUGAAUAAGCUAUUGGCAGAUCAAUCCUUUGUGUCUUCCAUCCUUGCUUCACUUCCAGGAGUUGAUCCAAAUGACCCCCAUGUCAAAGAUUUGCUUGCCUCCAUGCAGAGUCAGUCUGAGCAGAACAAGGAAGAAGACAAGGCACCAAAAGAGGAAGAAAAGAAGUGAACAUGCUAUUCCACCAUCAGGUCAAAAGCAUCUUUCUUUCCGAGCUGCCCAAGGUGUUGAGAUUGACACUACGGAUGUUGGCAAUCGAUGUCACUAGGAAGAAUGUGCCAUGAAGAUUCCUGUUUUAGAUUUGUUAUUUCUCAAUUCACAUCAUAUGGCUAUUUCAAUCAAAACAUAUAUGACAUGAGUUCCUUAAUCUUAAUCUGGAGUCGCUGUGAAAAUUAAGCAUGUGAAGAAUAGCUAUAGCAAUCCAGUCCAGGAUAUAAGGAUUGUUGCACAUCUCAUCCUUGUUGGGUGUCUUUUAUGAUUAGCUGCUCGGAUUUCAAGUUCUA